AUGUAUAAUCCUUAUCAGCAGCAGCAGCAGCAACAGGUCCCUAAUGAGAACUUGUUUCAGCAACAAGUAGGGUAUGCUGGCCAGUCUCAGCAAGGGAAUCGUAUUCCGACUGCUUCUGGGUUUGGGAAUUAUGGGUAUGAAAUACAACAACAACAGCCUCAGCAGCCUCAGCAGCCUCAGCAGCAGCAAUAUACAGGGUAUUAUCCAAUGCCUGUUCAACAACCUCAGCAACCUGGUCAUAUUUUCAGCGGUUCUCAAACCAUUGGGGCGAAUACAGGGUUCUCUGGUGCGUCGGUUCCAGCUACUGGGUUUAACCAGUUGGGAGCUCAGUCCUUGCAACCCCAGCAGACAGGGUUUUAUGCGCAGAAGCAGGAUCCGCAACAGCCUGUCGAACCUUUAAAGCCCAACGAAACUGGAUUUGUCAAUUCGUUUGCGAACAAUGGUAUCAACACUGAACUCAAGAUACCUUUAUUGCGUUUGUCUUUUCUUACUACAUCAGAUCAGGCGAAGUUUGAAACGUUAUUUAGAUCAGCUGUGCGUGCUGGGUCGAAUACGAUUUCUGGAAGUGAUUGUAGGACUAUUUUGAUGAGGUCUGGUGUGGAACCUUCAAAAUUGGCCCGGAUAUGGUCACUCUGCGAUACCAAUAAGGCGGGUGAACUAUUAUUCCCUGAAUUUGCAUUAGCGAUGCAUUUAGUUAAUAAGCUCUUACAGGGGGACACUAUUCCACAUGAGCUCGACUCUAGGACAAAGGCAGAUGUCAACAACUUCAUAGAUGCUAUUAAUUUUAGUGUUGGUGCGCAAUCAUCCUCCACCGAAGACCUGAAGCCCAGAACACCCUUUGACGAUUUGAACUCAGAUUUACCAUCGUUACAGCCAAAUAAAACCGGGUUCAUGCCAUCUACAUCAUUUGGAGCGCUUGCGCUUCAGACACAAAUGACUGGUGGUGGUAGUACAAGCUUCAUGCCGCAGCCUACCUUUGGGCAACAACUUCAAUCUCUACAACCUCAACUGACUGGCGGUGCUAGCACAAGCUUCAUGCCGCAGCCUACCUUUGGGCAACAACCUCAAUCUCUACAACCUCAACUGACUGGCGGUGCUAGCACAAGCUUCAUGCUGCAGCCUACCUUUGGGCAACAACCUCAAUCUCUACAACCUCAACUGACUGGCGGCCCAUUACAGCUCCAAAAUACAGAUGUGGCACCCCAAAAUUUGGGCGUGGCCCCUCAACUCACAGGGAUGGCCCCUCAAAAUACGGGCCUUAUUCCUCAGAGCACAGGUAUGAUGCCUCAGCUUUCUUUUGGACAAUCUCAGCAGCCACCUCCACCGACUGUCAAUGCCACCGGGUUACAGCCUCAGACUACGGGAGGCUUUACUUCGGUUUUACAAUCUCAACCUACGGGAUUCUUACCUCCAUCCCAGUUUGUUCCUACCGCUCCAUUGUCUGCACAAAAGACCGGGUUCGGUAACAACGAAAUUUAUUCGCAGGUCAACUUUGCUCAGAAGUUCGCUGUUGCUGACGAGGAUAGGGUUACCCCAGAGGAGAAGUCUUUGUUCUACAAGAUCUUUGAGACUUAUGAUAACGAUAAAGCAGGUCAGUUACACUUCAAAAUUGCUGCUGAAGUGUUUAGAAAAUCAGGCUUGAAUAGAAGCGAUUUAGAACAUAUUUGGAACUUGUGCGACACUAACAAUUCAGGACAGCUAAACAAGCAAGAGUUUGCAUUGGGAAUGCAUUUAAUAUACAAACGGAUAAGUGGCGGUGUUUUACCAGAUAAAUUACCCCCAAGUUUGAUUCCCUCCAGCACUAAAAUUCUAAAUGAUGUCAAAAACCAGCUAAAAGUAUCUAACAAUAAUACCAGCAAAAAGGACCCAAACAGAGGUGGCGCUUUGGCAUUCAAAAACAACGAUGAUGAAGUCCUACCAAGCUUCAGAAAUCGUCGGAAAACGGUUUCUGAACAUCCCAAAAUUGAUGAUAACAGUGAGGCCGUUAGCACCUUAAACAAGUUGAUUAAAGAAAAGCAAUCCCAAUUGAGCUCUGCAAGGGCUGGAAUACAGAAAUUUCAACAGUCUCAACAAGUGGAGGAUGCUGAUGCUCUUAGAAAAGUGGAACAACUGAAACAACAAAUAAGGCAACUACCCCUCCCAAAAAGUCAUAAUAAUGCUGUGCCUUCAUAUUUGAAGAAUCGUUUUGAGUCUUUGAAAAGUAAAAUACCAGCGUUGUUUAACGAAAUAUCUCAGAUUGACAAUGAAAUCGCUAGUGCAAAAGUUCAGUUGUACAGAUUGAGAAACCCAUCAUCUAUUGUUGGCAGUGGACCUAAUGGCGAAAUUACUGAGUAUGAUCAAAAGAAAGCCAGACAAAAGGCUCUAUUAGCCUCUAGAAUGGCCGCGUUAACUGGUAAUCCAGUGCAGACACCAUCUACUUCAGAGUUGGAAAAGGAGGAACAGGGUUACAGUGAGGAGAUUGCAAAAAUCAAAGAGGAACACAAGAGAAACCAGGAUAUGUUAAAUGAAAUCAAGAGUUCCAUUACUGAAAUAUCGUCUCCUGUUAAUGCAUUUAUCUAUGGCGUUCAAGAAGCAAAUGAUAAGGAUCCGGAGUACGAAAAAUGGGAACUAGGAAUUGGAUUAGAACCUGAAGUUUAUGAGUUCAUUAAGCAUUUAAAGACCCAAGCUCAAGCCCAAGCUCAAGCUCAAGCUCAAGCUCAAGCCCAAGCUCAAGCUCAAGCUCAAGCCCAAGCUCAAGCUCAAGCUCAAGCCCAAGCUCAAGCGCAAGCUCAGUCUAUUAAUCGUUUUACUUCUUCUUUACCGGCUGAAAUGCAGAGCCCAUCCCAUGGUGACCCCAAAGUAUCUGCUAUCGAUAGGUCCACUUCAGCUGCUACCAAGAGCUCAUCAUUAGAUGGUGAAUAUUAUUCCAAUUACAGCUCUGCUACAGGUAGAGCUGCCUAUGUUCAGGAGCAGGCCCAAAGGAAGAUGCAGAGAAACACCAAUGAAUCCAUGGAGGCAUACGAGGCUUCCAACACUCAUGUUGUCCAGAGGCGUGAUGAAGAUGAGGACGAUGAAGAUGAUGAAGAAGAAAGAAUAUUAAGAGAACAGUUGGAAGCAUUAAAAUUGAAGAAGCGAGCUCAAAAACAGGCAAGAUUAGACAAAGUACGCCAACAGGAAAGCGGAAGAAGAGGCUAUUCUGAAGGUGACGGUAGCGAUUCGUGGGAUGAUGAGUCUGUUAAGUCGCCCACACCAGUAGCCAAUCACUCGCACCGCACCAACUCAAAUCAGCAAAGUACUCAUUCUUUGGCUGGAUCCAACCAAUCUGCGGCAAUAAAUGCAAAUACCGGUAGUAGAAGCACAUUUUUUAAGCAGCCAGAUGCUAGUUCAUCUACUUUUGAUUUGAAAGCCGCAGAACAACAGAGAAGGUUACAGAGAGGCUUGGAUGAAGAUGAUGGAUGGUCCGAUGACAGUGAUAAUAAUGAUACCUUAAGAGAGGCAAGUAAAAAGAAUGAGGCUUCUAAUGCUGAAGUACAAUCGUUUGAGAGAAAACCUGAUGUUUCUGCUGACCGUGCGGCCCCAAUAGCCCCAGAGGUACAGCAACAGCAGCAGUUUGAUGCAGCUCCAGUUCCUAUAGCUCCACCAUUACCACAGGUUAUUGCCCCCCCACAAGAGAAGCCCAUAAUAUCUUCUCAGAGCCAACCAACUGUCAAAAGCUCUUCUACCCCAGUGCCAGUGGCACCCCCCUUACCGCAAAUUAAUGCUGGAGAUCGUCCAACAGCAUUGCAACAUUUACAUGAUGACGCUACUGACUCUGAUGCUUUAUCUAUCCCUGAAUCUGUGGAAUCAGAUAUAGACGACUAUAAGUCACCAAUCCAUGAUAUUCCUUAUAUUCCUCCCCCUCCACCGCUUCCAUAG